AGUAGAAGAUCCCUAACUUCUAAGCACCCAACAUGUUGUUACUGCUUCUUCUCGGUUCAUUAACGAUCGUCUUCUAUAUCUGGCAGAGGCGAACCUUAUCGUUUUGGGAACGCCAUGGAGUAAAAUACAUCCGUCCGUUUCCCGUUGUAGGCUGCACCCGGGAGUUUUUGACCGCAAAAGUGCCGUUCUUCGAGCAGAUUCAAAAAUUCCACGAAGCGCCUGGCUUCGAGAACGAGCCUUUCGUUGGAGUAUACAUGACCCAUCGUCCGGCACUUGUCAUUCGCGAUUUAGAACUGAUCAAGACGGUGAUGAUCAAGAAGUUUCAAUACUUCAACAACCGCGUCCUUCAAACUGACCCGCACAACGACGCGCUUGGCUAUAAAAACCUCUUCUUUGCACGAAGCCCAGGAUGGAGGGAAUUGCGCACAAAAAUCUCUCCGGUUUUUACAUCUGGCAAGAUCAAGCAAAUGUAUCCUCUAAUGGUGAAGAUUGGAAAGAACUUGCAGGACAGCGCCGAGCGUCUAGGCAGUGGUACGGAAGUCCAAGUGAAGGAUCUAUGCUCCCGGUUCACCACUGACCUAAUAGCGACUAUUGCCUUUGGCGUAGAGGCCAACGCUCUGCAGGACGCCAAGAGCGAGUUCUUUUACCACAAUAGAGCUAUAUUUUCGCUGACCUUAAGUAGGGGCAUUGACUUUGCGAUUAUUUUUAUGAUCCCGGCUCUGGCGUCACUGGCCCGUGUGAAACUCUUUUCUAGGGAAACCACAAAGUUCAUCCGGUCCAGCGUCAACUACGUUCUAAAGGAGCGCGAAAGGACAGGCGAAAAGCGAAACGACCUUAUCGACAUCCUUCUAGCCCUAAAGCGCGAGGCUGCUGCCAACCCGGGGAAGAUGUCGAAGGAAGUUGACUUGGACUACUUAGUUGCCCAGGCAGCUGUUUUUCAGACCGCCGGAUUUGAAACUAGUGCGUCCACAAUGACGAUGACGCUUUACGAGCUGGCCAAGAACGAGGCUCUACAGGACCGUCUGCGGCAAGAGAUCGUUGACUUCUUCGGGGACGAGGACCAUAUAAGCUAUGAGCGUAUUCAGGAGAUGCCCUACCUAUCUCAGGUUGUCAACGAGACACUCCGCAAGUAUCCGAUCGUGGGCUAUAUAGAACGAGAAUGCUCUCAACCGGCGGAGGGUGAGCGAUUCACCCUCGAACCAUUCCACAACAUGGAGCUGCCGCACGGCAUGUCCAUUUAUAUGUCCACUGUGGCCGUUCAUCGUGACCCCCAGUACUGGCCGGACCCCGAGAAGUACGAUCCGGAGCGCUUCAAUUCGAGCAACCGCGACAAUCUUAACAUGGACGCAUACAUGCCGUUUGGUGUUGGUCCGCGAAACUGCAUUGGCAUGCGGUUGGGUCUGCUUCAAUCCAAGCUUGGACUUGUGCAUAUUUUGCGCAACCACCGAUUCCACACAUGUGAUAAAACCAUUAAGAAGAUCGAGUGGGCUCCAACUAGCCCGGUUAUGGCCUCAAAGCGCGAUAUUAUCCUUCGAGUGGAGAAGGUUUCCGGGAAGAAAGAUUUUGGACAAAAAUGAUAUAUAAAAUAGAAUUCAUAACACAGCAGCCGCCCAAAUAAAAAAUCAAAGAAGAGAGAACGCUAUAGGUGAUUUCUGUGGGAGUGCGAGGGAGAAAACUACAAAAUUCUGAUGCAACUUUUUGGUGCAUUGUAAGUUUUAGUUAUAUUAUUUUUUGCUUAUCGUGAUUGUGAUAUUCUCACUUUCUUCUGUUUAAACCAAAAUUAUAUAUGGUCAAUAAUAUAUUGUUUCUUGCGAAAAAACUUAUUUGGAGCAGGUUGUCGAUUGAUUAUACAAACGAAACGACAUCUCGAAAGAAUAUGAAAAAGAAUGGAAAAGGACCAAGGUCACAAUACAAACCUACAAUAGUUUUUAUGCCUAGAAGCAUUUAGUGGCGCACAUCGUAACCAUAACAAAUUGCAUAAUGUCAACCAGUCCAGGGGAAAUAUGAUAAAAUCACUUUAACUUCAGAAACAAUAUGUUUUAUUUGUAUAUUGCUAGAAUUCACCUUACAAGUUUUCUUGGCAAAUUGAUUUGGAGAUGUAAGAUUUAAAGUGGACACUGUCCAGCACAACGGGCUUAAAAAAUUCUACACGAUCCGCAGAAUACUUGAAAAUAUUAUUUUAAUAAUACUGCACCUCACGUAAAGCUUCCACAUACGAAAAUAAAAUGUAGGUGGAAUGCAAUGGUAAAUAAAAUGACAUCAAAUUUAAUGAUAAACUGCAGCUAAGCCAAUUUACAGUUGACUUGUUGUAAGGGUGCAACUGCAACUGCAUCUGCCACAGACAAGGGCACUGGCAAAUGCGUGGCACGCAACUCAAUGACUUUGGACUGAC